UUCUCAAAGAGCAAUCCUGGGGGCCUCACGGGGUGGCUUUGCAGCUGACUCCGCCGCUGCUGUUGGCACUGAUCGGCUCUCGCCAGGAGGUCGAUCUUUCACACUUGUCCCCAGAGGAGAGAUGGAGGGUGGAGCACGCACGGAUGCAUGCCAAGCACCGCGGUCACGAGGCGAUGCAUGCCGAAAUGGUCCUCAUCCUUAUCGCCACGCUGGUGGUGGCACAGCUCCUGUUGGUUCAGUGGAAACAGAGGCACCCUCGCUCCUACAACAUGGUGACCCUCUUCCAGAUGUGGGUAGUGCCUCUGUAUUUCACGAUCAAGCUGUACUGGUGGCGGUUCCUGGUAAUCUGGGUGCUCUUCUCAGCAGUCACAGCUUUUGUCACCUUCAGGGCAACUCGAAAACCUCUGGUACAGACAACGCCCAGGCUGGUUUAUAAAUGGUUUCUACUAAUAUACAAGAUCAGCUAUGCCACUGGAAUCGUGGGGUACAUGGCUGUGAUGUUUACACUCUUUGGUCUUAACUUAUUAUUCAGAAUCAAACCAGAAGACGCGAUGGACUUUGGCAUCUCCCUCCUCUUCUACGGUCUUUACUACGGGGUACUGGAGCGGGACUUUGCCGAGAUGUGUGCGGAUUACAUGGCUUCGACGAUCGGGUUCUACAGCGCCUCGGGGAUGCCCACCAAGCACCUCUCCUUCCCCCCCCCCCGCCACUCCAGCGGGGCUGCCGUGGAGCUGCGCCUCACCUUCCAGCUCCCUUUGCCAAAUCUGCUGGGACCUGUCUGCCCGCUGCUUGCCGCCGUGCCGGCUCUGGCGCCCGAGGUGGUUCCCCUUAACGUGGCGCUCCUCAGAUUUCACGAGUUCUGCAUCCGUGGCUGGUGCAUCGUCGGGAAGAAGCAGACGUGUCCGUACUGCAAAGAGAAGGUGGAUCUCAAGAGGAUGUUCAGUAACCCCUGGGAGAGGCCUCACGUCAUGUACGGGCAGCUGCUGGACUGGCUGCGCUACCUGGUGGCCUGG